AGAAGCUGUAAGCCUAAGUGGAAGAAACGCGACAUCAGAGGGAUUUGUCCCUCUGUUAAUCAAUUCCGCAGAUGGCUUCGGCUGCAAUAAAUUGGCCCCAAUUCCGCAGGAUGAACAAAAUAAACACCAAAGUCAAAUUCAAUUCCGCAGUGCUAUCGGAAAAGUGAAAUCCGUGCGAAGUUCGAAGCCUGGAAAUUGCGUCAGACACAUGAUCGAACAGCAGCUACUGUACAGGAGCUACGUUCAUGUUCAUCGACCGUCGUAUUGCUCUAGGAACAAAUGUGACGUGAACGCAAUCCGUGUGCGCAGUCGCAGUGUGACAACCGUCUACCGAACAAAGGGCUCUGGCUAUCCGAGUCUGAGACUACAAAUUCCUCGGCAUCCUCGCAGGCUCGCAGUCUAAACCCUGAUUCGCGCGUGUGUGGGUGUGCUCUUACGGUUGCCUUCAUAAUAGAAGACAUCUUCGAGUUAUUCGACAAACUCUUUCGUAAUCAACGAGCGCAACGUUUUGUAUGAUGGCCGAGGCUCUUGCUGACACGACCUCCGAUGAAGAAGAGAUGACUGCAGAUGCUGAAGAAAAUCCGGGUCCGUCUGCAGCGACAGCUAAAGGUUCCGCCAAACGUCGCAGGGACGCUAGCUUGGAUCCUGCUCCUUCAAAACGCUUGGCUCAGAUAUCUUCUACAGUUGACGAGCACUUGCAUCAAGUCCAGGAGCCUACUUCUGCUGAGAGAAAUAAAGCAGCUCGCGCGUCCGCAUUUGAGGAGGAAGCAACCAUUGCGUCUAUGGGUGCUCAUACUGUCGCUGUUGCAGCAACGACGGAUACCACAGAAGGUUCGUCGGUUGAGGAGGAGAAGAUCAUCGGUGACGAACUUGAAGAUCUUGCUGAGAGAAAUGAAAAUGUUGCUGGUGAAGAUACUCCGCUGAGCAUGGUCCUGCAGGAGAUUAGGGAACUUAGGAAGGAUCUACGGUACGAACGACAAUCAUCAAUAAAGCAACCUACAGUACCAUUUUCAUCCGAAAAAUUUUGCUCAUCUACACCCAUUUUGUGGGAUAAAGUUACAAACCUUCACGAACUCCUUCUAGUCAGUAAAGUUUUUUGUACAGAACACAGGUUGCAAAACACGUUGUACAUAAAGUGCACCGCGUGCAGUACGUUCGUCAACUCUAUAGAAGGAAGGACGUACCGUGGCAACGUAAAGCGCCACGAUGCCUUCCCCUAUGGUUUGCUGAUCAAAAAAGACGACGAAGCUGAUUUGUGGAGUGGAACUGGCCGCCGUUGGGUGCGAUGGAAAUUUAAGCUAAAACGUCACGUGGAAGGUGCGGACCACUCCACCAUCCAUUUCAAAGGCCUGCAAAUGAUGGAGCAUAAUGAGAUUGAAGAAUCUAGGGUCAUUCUCAUCAAUAAACAUUUCAUCAUCUGUGCAAUUGAAGUCAUCAAAUCGAAGUCUGCAGCACGGCAUUAUGAAACCAAGCUUGCAAACUUCGAAGCAUUGGGUGUAGACAUUGGAAAUAAACAACAUUCUCGCAAGCAAUUCAACGAUGUAGUUGAAAGCAUUUGUUCUACAAUUGACGAACGUCUGGACCAGAAGUUGAGCUAUCCUCUAAAAUCAACUGGGCAUCCACCUCAUUUUUUUCUAACUUUCGACAAAUCGACUCCCCAACGGGAGAGUAACCAAGCUGUGAUGCUUGUUGCUAUGAUCGAUGGAUCAAGGGUUGCUUACUUCUUGGGAGCCCCAAAAGUGUACUCAAUUGAAGAAGGAGAAAGGGAAAUUUCUGGUGGCCAAAGUGAGAGUCUUGUAGCCCAAAUAUUUCUAGAAUUACAGACACGAAUUCCUAAUGUAGACAAAAAAUUUUGUGCCGGCGCAGUUGCAGAUGGACAGUACGCUAACGAGCGCUUCAGAAAUGCUUUUUUUACCGCAGUUGGUGUCCAAGAUGAAUUUUCUUUUGUUAUCUGGGACCCAAGUCAUUUCAUGGAUCUGUGCGCAAAGAAGUUCAUCAGCCAACCUUACUUGAAACGAUUGUGUGAACGUGCCGCCAGGUUCCAUACCAAACUUGGCUAUGGAAAAAUGCAAGCGAUUGCUAGAAGUAUAGGGGAGCAAAUGGACGAAAAAACCCUAGUAACCAAAAGCUUAAGCACAACCCGCUUCAUAGCCAGCACUCUGCAGUCUUUCGCAAGCAUACAACGCUGUUUUCACCAUUAUGUGCAGGCAAUGUACAAUUUUGGAGGCAUGCGUCACAACACCGACGAAUCGUUCUCAGAAGAUGAAUACAUGUUGGUGGGUCAAGACUUCGUCAUUGAUCUACUCCUUGUGUCUGACAUUCUGAAACAACUUGUGGACCUGAUGGUUGUUUCACAAGAGCUGAAGCUACCUUGCUGGAAAGUUCUGACUAACAGUAAGACGACACUUGAGAAUUUAGAAUUGAUGGAAAAUAAUUUACAAUCAGUCGAUCCCAGUGUACCUUUUCGAUUGAAUAAGCGACUGUGGCCCAACUCUGCUGGCGUCAUCAAUGGAGUUGUUCAAGAUAAAAAGUACAAUGGUGUUGCUCUUGUCAACGGGUGGCUAGUAGACACGUCUUCAGCAACUAACAGCAAGAACCCUGUAUCUUGGCGUUAUCGAGAGCCAAGCGACUGCCUGCAGGAUGCCAUUGAUUUUGUACGCAAGCUCCGCUUUGAACUAGAACGAAGACUGAAGACAUCUGUACCAGACGCUGUCGAAGUUCUAGGUGAGGCUUUUGACCUCUCCAAACUCGUGUGCCUUCAAGCAGGAAGGUGGAGCACUCCCUUACAAGAAGCUUUGUUAACGGAAAGCAGCGAAGCGGCUCAGAAGGCGUUUGUCUCUUUCUUCAAUAAUUUGAAACGGCUGCCUCAUCUUCAGGAUUAUCUUCGAGAGGAGAAUGCUGUCGAAGUGUUCCAGCAAGCUAUGGCAACCUUCAAGUGGAUAGUUUGGUCAGAGUCGCCCGAAGCUUCGUCGGUGAGGAAGCAAAUCUUCGAAACAGACGAGGCAUAUGACGGAAGCCGGCCAGACAUAUUCUCUCCUGAUUUGAAUUGUCAAGCAAGGAAUUUUGAUCAGAGUUUCAGUCAUAAAUCAACUGUGGCCAACUUCAAGAUCACACUCAAAGAAGAAAACCUCAUUACACUAAUGUACGUUGAUUCAGAAAUUUAUACAAAAUUUGGGAAGCCAUUCUGUCUCGCGUUCGAUGUUGCAAUGGCCAAAGGAGGUUGUGAGGCAAUAGUAGAAAGUCUCUAUUCAGUCAUGAAUGCGCAGAGCCAAUAUGGCGGCCAGUCAAAUGAGGUUUUAGUGAAUCGUACGAAAGUGGACUGGCAUUGUCCUUCUUCCUCGCUUGGUGUGAUGGACUUCAUAACGGAUGCAGCCAAAUUCCAUCAAUCAAAACACUGUGUUCCAUACACGCGCUUGAACUAUGGCGCAUCAGCUAUUGUAAAACGUCUUAGAAGGGAAAAAGGACGCAUUCCUGACAAAAUUUGACCAUUUCGCUUUUUAUUGAAUAUACGGCUAUGUGCUAGCAGCAGCAGGAGCUGAUGAGGUAAAACUGUCAAGUUCGAACAUUGCUGAAUGCUCUAUUGCUGUAUAUCGUAUUAUUCUUAUGCACGCAAUUGCGGGUAGAUAAUGAACAAUCAAUCAGGUUACUAUUUUCAUAAUACAGCAUUUUGAAUAAAUGUAUUUUUUAUAGUCUGUCUUAGAAGAAAGGCGUAAU